AUGGCAGUUACUGAGCAGAAGAAGUUGAAGAUCGUGGUUGGUGGUGAUGAUGCUGGAUUCGAGUACAAAGCUGCCCUUACAAAACUGCUCAACGAGCACCCAGGAGUCGAGACAGUUUUCGAUGUCGGACCCCUUUCUGCAAGCGACAAGAAGGCAUAUCCCCAUUUCGCCGUUGACGCUGCAAAGCUAAUAGCAAGUGGCGAAUGCGACCGCGCCCUCCUAAUCUGCGGCACCGGCCUAGGCGUCGCCAUCGCUGCCAACAAAGUAACCGGCGUGCGCGCCGUCACUGCUCACGAUCCGUUUAGCGUGGAGCGCUCGGUGCUGAGCAACGAUGCCCAGGUGCUGUGUCUGGGACAGAGGGUUAUUGGGGUGGAAUUGGCAAAGACGCUUGUGAAGCAGUGGGUUGGGUUAAGAUUUGAUCCCAACUCGGCUUCCGCGGAGAAGGUUCGGGCGAUUAAUGAGUACGACGAGGCAAACUGA